UGAUGAUUGAAGUCAUUUUACUACUGACUAGUAAAUUUUGGGGAGCUCGCGCGAGGAAAGAGCAACACAUCAAGGGAGUUUCUGUUCUUUUGCGUGAAAUCGAUUUAAUUAAUAAUUCAGUGUAUUUUCAGCAUGUGGCAAAUUGGUUAGAACUGCAUAGCGGAAUAGCGAUUAUUUGUUCAAUAGAUUCAUUUGCUCUGACUCGCUGUCACCUCGUAUUCAACUAGAAACUAGCUAGGUACGUAGGAGUGAGCCGAACCGAAAAACACUGAAAUCUCACGAUCACAUUGCUUCGGCGCUAAAAAAAAAAAGAGGGAAAAGGUGGUUGAGUGGAGUUAAAGCAGUGUAGGGUGUAGAAAUGGGAGCGCACAGGAGUGAAGGACGGAGAGAGUGGCUUCAGCAGGACGCUGGAGAGCAGCAGCAGGUUCAGUCCAUGAACCCCUGGAACAUCAUGAUCAAGCACAGACAGGUUCAGCGCAGGGGUAGACGCUCACAGAUGGCUGUGAGUUAUACAGAUCCUGUCAUUUCUAUGGAUCUCUUGCGGACUGUGCUGCAGCCUAGCUUCAACGAUGACAUUUUGGCAGUCUUUAAAAAAUAUAUGAAGUUUUUUGAGAAGGCAGCAAGCAAUGUGAAGGAGAAUGUAGGGGAGGACGUACAGACUGAACAGCUCAUCAAAGAGGCGUGUCGAAACUGCUUGGAGAAUGCCAAACAGCUCUUCCCAGAUCCAGAGAAGCCUGUACAAAGACCUCUCUUCGAUCCCUCUAUAAAGCGUUCACGGCAGAUGGAUGAUGAUUCUAGCCAAAGAGGAAGCCCAAUCCCUAAAAAGAGGAAGGGACGUCCCCCUCUGCCCACUUUACCUUACGACAGAUCUAUACCAUACAGUGCUCCGAUUAAGCCUAAAGUCACUGAGCCCAUAAAACGAGAAGGACCAAAGUGGGAUCCUGCUCGGCUGACUGAGAAAAGCACAUUUGUUUUAGGAUCCAGAGCAAACAAGGCUUUAGGGAUGGGAGGCACUAGAGGAAGGAUCUACAUUAAACAUGCAGAUCUCUUCAAGUAUGCUGCUGAUGCUCAGGAUAAGCAGUGGCUUGCAGAGAGGCAGCACAUGAGAGCCACAGGUGGAAAGAUGGCAUAUCUACUUAUUGAGGAGGACAUCCAAGACCUUGCUCUAAGUGAAGAAUAUAAAGACUGUCCUGAAUUGAGGAUGGACGAAUUGAAGCCCUUUAUGGUGCCUGUUUGGAUGUUAGAGAAGAUGCAGAAGACCAUGGAAUCUCAGAGAUCUGAGAAGGAUUAAAGAAUUGGGAGCUUCCCAUCAUAAAACAAUUUUUAGGGUACAAAAUACUGAUCUAGGAUCAACUCGCUGUUUAUAGAUCUUGCUUCAAAGAAAUAUAUAUUCCUUUAUAAAUGGCUAGGAAUCUGAUCCCAUAUUCGCUGUCUUACUCUGAUGCUUACAUUUCCUAAUGGCGUAGUUAGAAUUGACUCUUUCAGAAGCAGACUAAGGGACCAGGCCAUGAUGCACACAUUGGUAAUGCCAAGAAGAUCAGUCUCAUUUCUGCCAUUUUCAUUUCUGUGACUUCUUAAUUACAGAAUAGACUCUGAUCUUAAUAUCAUGCUUAGCAGUUUUCUCUUUGUGUGCCUCCACAUGCUGGAACAGUUAGGGUUCAACAACUCAGUAUUAUUAGAGAUGAUAUCAGACAGAUUUUUUAUUUUUUUUUGGUUUAUUAAUCACAAAAGUAGCUUUAAAUAUCUCUAAGUAUGUAUAUAUGUAUUUUCUUACAUGGGUUUUGUAUAAGAUUUCUACAUAUGUAUCCACUCACUGAUAUUUUUUUUUACCCCGUUACUUUUCUUAUCGUAUACAUUGUGAUGGUGUGGGUUUUAUGGACUACCAGAAAAUCUGUUUUGUUGUACGUACAUAAAAAAGGGAAUUUACUUUGCAUUUUGCUUACACAUUUUAAAAGAAGAAGUAAAGAAACUUUUCUUUUACAGAUGUAGCUGUAUUGUAGUAUAGUAACAAGGUGUCGCAUUAUGUGACUGAUGUAUACUGUGUGUGGUGAAGAGAAAAGAAACCAGUAUUUGACAUGCCUAGAUUUAGUUACAUGUUUUACAGUGAAAAAAAGGGAGAAAAUGUAAGUUAUUUUCGAAAAACAAAAAACAAAUGAAAAGCUUUUGUGGUGCGAAAUAAAGUCGUUUUAUUCUGUU